CAUUCCAUUUCCUGUCGAUCCACAAAUCGAUCGAUGGCCGGAGGACAAAGGUUUGGAUCCCUCAACAAACCUUGUGUUCUUCUCAUAGUGAUCGCUGGGAUCGAACGGUUUGUGUUCAAAGGGGUGGCAUCAAAUCUUGUUAUAUACCUAACGGAUGUAAUGGAUAUGAGCAACUCCGCCGCUGCCAGAACCGUCAACAGCUGGUGUGGUUUCACGUCGAUGCUGCCGUUACUCGUGGCGCCGCUCGUUGAUUCUUACUGGAACCGUUAUUCCACCAUUUUGGCUUCUUCUUUCUUAUAUCUCGUGGGGCUUUUGGCAUUAACGUCAACAGCAGUGAACAGAGGAAACUCUUCUUCGUCGUCGUCAAUGUUUUUGUCACUUUAUCUGAUUUCAUUAGGCCAAGGUGGGUACAACCCAUCAUUACAGGCGUUCGGCGCAGAUCAAAUCGACACUGAUGAUGAACUUCCAACAGCGAAAAGCGAUCAGAAGUCCGACAAGAAAAGCAUGUUCUUUCAAUGGUGGUACUUUGGUAUUUGCAGUGGUAGUCUUUUGGGUGUAUCGAUCAUGCCAAAUAUACAAGACACCGUGGGUUGGGGUUUAGGGUUCGCCAUGCCGGCCAUGGCCAUGGUGAUCUCCAUGGUUAUGUUUUCAUGUGGCAGCCGGUUUUAUUCAUAUAGCCAUGAUCAAAGCAACGAUUUUAAAUCUUUGGAGAAGGUGGUUCAAGCCCUUAAAUGUUCUGUAUCUAAAUUCGUCCACCAUAAAACUCAAGAAAAAUCCACCAUUAUCGAACUCGAGCUCGAAGACAAACCACUCUGUUUAAAAGGAGAAAAUGGAACUGAAUCUUUAGGUGAUCAAAAGUCAAACAACAGUAAUCGUCUGGUCAAAAUUGCCAAAGUCAUCAUCCGGCUACUGCCAAUUUGGACGACAUUGCUUAUGUUCGCCGUUAUUUUCCAGCUUCCGGUAACUUUCUUCAUUAAACAAGGAAUGACGAUGAAGAGAAACAUCGGAGAAAACUACAAGAUCCCGCCGGCCACCCUUCAAAGCGCCAUCACGAUUUCCAUAAUCCUUCUGAUGCCAUUCUACGACACCAUCUUCAUCCCCUUCACUCGCUUCAUCUUACGUAACGAGAAGGGAAUCACGACGAUGCAAAGAAUCGCCAUCGGAAUGUUCCUUUCCGUCAUAGCAAUGAUAUUCGCAGCCACCGUGGAAAUGAAACGGCUUGAAACGUCGACGGAAUCGGAAUCGGCGACGCUGAGUAUAUUCUGGUUGUUGCCACAGUACAUAUUGUUGGGUAUUUCCGACAUCUUCACGGUGGUUGGAAUGCAGGAAUUCUUUUACAGUGCAGUGCCAAAUGGGAUGAGGACGAUGGGAAUAGCUUUGUAUACAAGUGUGUUCGGAGUGGGAAGCUUCUUGAGUGCAUUAAUGGUGUAUCUGGUGGAGUAUUUUACGAGCUCAGCCGGCGGGAAAGGGAACUGGUUUUCCGAUGAUAUGAAGGAAGCAAGGCUGGAUAAAUAUUACUGGCUGUUGGCCGGUACAAGUGUUGUAAGCUUGGUUGUGUUUGUGGUACUUUGUAGGUUUCAAAAGACAAGUCCGGUCGACGUGGAGCAAUCUUAGCCGUUGAUAUUCAAGGGAAUAUUUUACCUUAAAAGAGGAUUUACUUCCCGAUAGCAUUUUGUGUUUGGUUUAAUUUUGGUAUGUACAUAUUCUUGAUAAACAGUAUGGUUUCAGUUACGUUUCCUUUUGAGGAAAAUAGUUUGAUUUUGUUUCAUAUCUACAUUUUGAAUUUUAGUC